CGCAAAUUUUAAACAAGCAUUCAGUGACUAAUCGUAUAUCCAUCCAAAAAUCACUAGUCACUAAAUUUCCAUAGAAGAAAAAAAAAAGUUUCAGAGCAUCAAAAAAAGAGAAGAAAAAAAAUUAAGGACUACCGAAAAACAAGUUAAUUAAAUAAAUUCUGAUAAUAUAAACUGCUAUGACCGAAUAUAAAUUAGUUGUCGUUGGUGCUGGUGGUGUUGGGAAGUCAGCGCUAACAAUUCAACUGAUUCAAAAUCACUUUGUAGACGAAUAUGACCCAACCAUUGAGGAUUCUUAUCGAAAACAAGUCGUUAUAGAUGGCGAAACAUGUUUAUUGGAUAUUUUAGAUACGGCUGGUCAAGAAGAAUACAGUGCCAUGCGUGAUCAGUAUAUGCGCACCGGUGAAGGAUUUCUGCUCGUAUUUGCUGUAAAUAGUGCCAAAAGUUUUGAAGAUAUUGGGACAUAUCGCGAACAAAUAAAACGUGUUAAGGAUGCAGAGGAAGUGCCAAUGGUACUCGUAGGCAACAAAUGUGAUUUACAGGCAUGGGCAGUUGAUAUGAAUCAAGCUAGAGAUGUAGCGAAGCAGUACGGAGUUCCAUUUGUUGAAACAUCUGCGAAAACAAGAAUGGGAGUUGAUGAUGCAUUCUAUACCCUCGUUAGAGAAAUCCGUAAAGACAAGGAGCGAGGGAAAAAGAGCAAAAACAAGCGAAUUGGAGGCGGUACGAAUCGUAGAUUCCGUUGUGAACUGCUUUAAGAGAUUGCAUUUUAUUAUUUUUGUCGUAAGCUGUACAUGAACGACACAUCAAGGCCGUGUACACAUCCUUUUAUUAUUAUUCAUCACCAUUCAAUAGUCUACCAUUUCUUUUUUACCUUGCUCACUUUAAACAAUUUUUGCUACUGCUUUUAAUAAUUUUUUUUAUAUUUUACUUCCAACGAACGAUAUCAAAAAUACGGAGUGAUAAUUGCUACAUAUUAUUUUAUUAUACAUCUGUCUCUAUGCUUAGGGUUCUUUCGUUUAUGAUGUCGAUUAGAAAAUUAGAAAAAAAAUGUUUUCAAAGAGUUUUGGAUGUUAUAAGUUGAUGAUAUCUAUAAGGUAUCUAUCUAUCAGCAUUCAAGGAAUGUAUUAAGGAGGUGUCAUCAUUCAUGAAUGAACCCUUCAUAAUUCAAAUUCUGUUUUAAACAUAAUUAUUUGACAACUUGGAAAAGUCUUAUCAUUGUGACAUCCACAGUGAUCUUGGUGUGGUAUAAGACUUUUUCAAUGAAUUACAUUAUUAUGAUGAUAGUUUUUCCAUAAGACGAUAAUUCGAGAAAACCUUGUAAAAUGCUUUGCAAUACAUAAAUGAGGCCCAUUCAUAAAUGAUGAUCUAAUUAAGUGUAUCACAUGCAAGACUUUUAAAUGUUGGACGGGAAGUGUUCAAAAUAUUCCAGACUGGUUGAUGGAUAUCAUUUAUGAAUGGUCCCUUUUAGUAAUUUUUUUAAAAAAAGAGAUGAGAAAAGAAAAUGAAAAAUUAUAUUAGUUGAUAAGUUAUAUUCUAUUAUCAUUUUCUGAGAUGUGAAAAUGCGGAAUGAUUAAGGAACGGAUUUAAAUCCAUUCCUUUAAUUUGUUAGGACAAUGCCAUUAAUGUGAAAGUGCGAUUUUUUAAUUAUUUUUGAGCGAUGAUAUUCAAUUCAUGUUUUUUUCGUCUAAUCACUCAUAUAUGAUUGCGUCGUCAAGGAGAAAUUGAGAUAAACCUAAUUGUAUAGUUUUAAUUUUUUUUUAUUAAAAAAAUAUUAAUUUUCCUGAUUAUAGAUUAUAUCUUUUUUCAAUCUGACGAUAAAAACAGGGAUUAAAAUGAUUGAUGGUUUUUGUGAUAUCACCUUAAUUCCUUUAUCCGAGAAUUGCGUUAAGUUCAAGGGUUUACGUGAAACAUUGUGAUACGUCUUACGUUUACGUAAGGAUAUUAAGUUUUACGUUUACGUAAAAUCUUUACGCCUUGUGUUUACGUAAUGUUCUUACGUAUACGUGUUACGUACAAUGCUUACGUAUCACAGCUAAAACUACGUAAUGCGCUUGCGUUUACGUAUUUUAAGGUUACGAUUUAAGUUUAACGUAUUUGUAUUGCAUAACGUAACUGUGGCUAUAAGUUUACGUAGAUCCUGAACAUAACGCAACCAAAAAAAAAAUUAUUACUGUUCAAAAAAAUCAAGUGUGACCAUUUUCAUCCCUGUAAAGCACAAAAAAAUAAUAUCCAGGAUGAAAAAUAAUGAAACAUACGAAGUGUAUUAGUUUUUAUUAUAGCUUUUCUAUUAUUGCUUAUAUUGAUGAAAGAGAGAAAAAAUGAAUAUAAUAAAUUACUACAUAAUUAAGGUAAUGCCGAGGAUGCUCAUGCUACGAAUUAAUCAUAAUUGAUAACACAUGAGCCUCCUUGGCAUUCAAUGAUGAAAAAUGUUUAAUGCAAGAAAUUUUAUUUAAGUAAAACAUUUUAUUAAAGAAAAAAAAAUCAUUGUCAUUUAAAUAAGAAGAUCAUGAGCUAAAGAACUUUUUGACUGAUCGAUGGGAAAAGUUGAGUGAUUCAGACGGAACCACUGAAUCAUUUGACGACCAUCGAUCGUCGCCUUUAAUUUCCUUUUUAAUAUAAAAAAAAAAAUAUUUGGAAGAUCAAAGGAAAAAAUUUCAAGUUUGUAAAUUAAUUAAGAUG